GUGGUUUAGUUCUCCAAGAACAGCGGGAAUAGCUUUCAGAUUUCGCGGCGUUUUUCCGAGUUUCUGUGUCGUCUUCCUCAUCAAUAAUCAGAGCUUCGUGUUUUCUUUUUUCAUCUCAAAGCAGCGGAAUCAAGAAUCGGAAGGCGUUGGACGAUGCAGAUUAAGGUGAAAUGUAACUGUGGCGAAACCAAAUGCUUGGAAUGGGCCGUCGUUGAAUUGCAAGGCAUAGUUGAAGCUCAACCCUCCUUCGAAGAUCGCCUUCAAACCCUCGAAAUCGGCGUUCUAUGCCGGCCUUCCGCUCAGGAAGUGUAUACUUUUACAGUAGGGUACCAUGAGCUGGCAGGAAGCAAAGUGCCACUGAAGAAGCCAUUGUUGGUGUUGAAGAAAAAGAAGUGCGUGGACGAGGAUCAGAGUGGCGAUACCAAAUCAGCUACUGCAGAGUUGGAAGUCAUUGGGAUAAUCAGGCAGCGGAUUCUGUUUAAGACCAGACCAAAGGCCCUCAUAUCCAAACCACAACCAUCGGUGAAGGAAAGAUCCCGCGCUUCAGGAUCGGGAUCUGCAGUGACAGGCCAAGCAACAUGAACUCUAUCUGUGAAGGUGAAAUCCAUCCAUAUCUUUUCUGGGUGAUGAAGAUAUCAUGGAUCAGAGGUCGAUAUC